AUGGCCAAUCCUGCCCGUGGUGGCCUCCAACCACCGGCUCCAGGCCAUCGGCGCACUCGCGAGGGCUACGCAGGGCCCCCCGUCCCUCCUUCGAACAACUUCUCGGCUCAUCCAAGCCCGCAGCAUCAUGCUGGUGGCACUCCCAUCGAGCCCAUUUCGCAUUCGAUUUUCGGCUCUGCUGGCUAUCCUCCCAAAAUAUCACCGCGAUCGCCAACUUUUCAAAACAAUGUGCCUGCACAGGUCAAUAAGCGCGAUCCGGUCAAUGGAAAUGGCGGUUCACUGUCGGAGUUGCCGUUGGGCUCCUCGACCGCUACGAUGCGCGAGGGAAUGGGUGCCGCGCCGGAGAUUUCAGAGCAGUCAGCCUCUCUUAUGAGCAACGAAGUCAUUGCAGGCAUGCUAGUGCCCACUCCCUACCUCAUAUCCUCAUUGCUCAUAAACAUAUAUUCUCCAAACCACGAUCCCAGAGGACAUGUCAAGGACGAGUCUGUAGAAUUCGGCCUGAUACACCCUCCUCCGAGAAGAGAAUUUCUCAUGACCUGCACGCUGGUGUCGAUCACGAUGCUUAUAAUAGGCCUCUACACCGAAAUGCGAAAGAAAACCCAGUUGCAUCUCUUGAAUGACCCAACAGGCAAAACGAAAUCUCUUGGGGCGGCUGUGCUAUCUCCCCGGAGUAUUUUCCUUGUGAUGAUAGCCAUCGGUCUGCCAUUUUAUGCGACUCUAUUCCUGGGCCAUGGAAGAGUUUCCAUCACAAUGCUUCUCCUGCUAGUCUCUAGAGUAUCCCCGAUUGUCCAGCUUGAUCAUGACAACGAUCACCAGAAACAGUUCCGAUUUCAUUUAACACAACGCAAUGGAACGGUUUUCUUCCUGCUUGGAAUGAUGGUUCUAGAUACCGUCGGGGUCACAUCAUCCACUGACUGGCUACUGAUUCUUAGAGGAUAUCUUGCUCUUAUGUUCUCAGUAUUUAUUAUUCAACCCCCUUUUAUGAAUAUGCGAAAGCCGUCUUCAAUAGCCCAUCCCAACCAGUCAACCUACGAGUCCUCAGUUUCUGAUUCUGCCCGUCAAACCCAGAGUAAUUUCUUCUCAGCCUCGCCAGCUGCACUUGUCAGUACAAACCAAUAUUUCCGAGGGGGCAGCAUUUUAGCAGGCUUCUGCUUACUCAUGGCCAUUAUGUCUGGCGGUAUUAAUAUCGCUCUGCCUUCUUUAACCAGCAUAUUGAUGGUAGGGCUAUUCUCAGCAAUAUCCUUUCUAAGUAUCGAGCCUAAAACGUUCCAAAGUAAACACCAGAUAGGCUUCAUUGCAGGCUCCGGUUUCUCCCUUGUUGUCAGUGCUAUUGUAUCUCCCAUGGAAUUUUCAGACCUUGCGUCAACCUGCUCUUUCACCAUUCUUAGUUAUAUUUUCGUUCGCCUGGAUCUUAGGACGGUGAAAUCAGAGACCAAUGACUAUUCUCAUGCCAUGCAUGGACAUCAAGAGUACCACCAUAAUCAUCACCACAGCAAUGAAAACUCUCCCUCUCGAAUCACUAGAUGGUUAUUGAAGACCUGCGAGCAUUGGCCUUUCAUAUAUGGGAUCCUCAAGGAAAAAGAUUCGCGGAAGAUAUUCUAUUUUAUGUGGAUCAUAAGUAUUGAAAUUGUCUACGAGGCCAUUGAAAGACUCGUGUCUGGAAGUGAGGUCCAUCGGAUAGGGGAGCUCCUUUUUGUGAGCGUAGCUGGGUUAGCUGUCAACAUGGUGGGGAUAAUGGCGUUUGACCACGGCCAUCACCAUGGGCAUUCGCACUCCUGCGGUGGCCACGACCACGAUACCGGGCAUCUACACUCGCAUCAUACCAACGAAAACAUGCAUGGUAUUUUCCUCCACAUCCUCGCCGACACUCUUGGGUCGGUGGCAGUGGUUCUGUCCACGGUCCUCGUGCAUUUUUACAAGUGGUCUGGAUUCGACCCCAUCGCAUCGUGUUUAAUAGCCAUUCUCAUCUUUGCCUCUGCCGUGCCGUUGGUGGCCAGCACAUCGAAAACCUUACUUCUCGCCCUUCCGGCGGAUGUUGAAUAUGGCCUACGCGAUGCAUUAGCUGGUGUGAGUACUCUACGUGGAGUCGCUGGGUAUUCCGUUCCAAAAUUCUGGUUAGACGAUAUUGUCGAUCAUGACCAUAAGCAUGGCCACGUUGGCCAUCACCAUCAUCACGGACACGAUGACCAUGACCACAAUCACGGUCAUGGCCAUCAUUCCCAUACACAUCACCAAAGCAACAUAGACCCCAGUGAGGAAAAGCAUUCCCUCGAACACACGCCCAGGCAUGGAGGGACGGGCCAACAAAUUCAAGGGGUGAUACAUGUGAUUGCCUCGCGUGGGGCGGAUAUGGAGGACGUCCGGCGGCGGACGAUCAGCUACUUAAGCGAGAAAGGCAUCAAUAUCCUAGUUCAGGUGGAACGCGAAGGAGAAAACAGGUGUUGGUGUGGUGGCGGGAAUAAACCGGUGACCUAG